ACAUAUGGAUUUACGACUGACGGAAUUGAACACAUCGGCGAAGUUGGCAAAGCAGACGGCUGUCGGUUGCUGGUAGACAUGGUGGAAUUCCAGAAGUCGCCUCAGCGUAAAUAUCUGGUCUACGCAUCCACGCCCUGCUCGGAAUCCGACUUGGUUGGGCCUCAUCCUAGAGUUACGUACAAACUAGGACCAUCUGAGGAGGGCAAAAUCACUAUCUCUGCUCUUGGGUACAUGGUGGACUUCAUCGAAAUCGAUGGUCAAACUCACACACCAGUUUCGCCUAGUCAAUAUUUUAUUGCGUGCCAGGUUCGGAAGGCAGAGCAGACAGCACAGCCAGCGGAGGCCGCCUCUGGACCGGUUACUGAUGACUCUGACUCCGAUUUAUUCUCGGAAGGUGAACACCGUCGUGUUUUAGAACGCUUUGGAAUGCCCGAUGACGUAAUGGUUGGCAUCAUGAACUCACAGGACCUCCUAGCACCGGGUGAGGCUCUUUCCGGCAUGUAUGACAAACGCGGCCAGAGUCUGCGUCUUCGCUUCAAACCUGAAACCAGCGAACUCUGGCUGGCUACCAACAGUGUCACGCACAAAGUUCCUCUGGCCACCAUCCAUGACGUACGGAGCCAACCUAUAAAGGAGCACCCCGAGUACCACAUCAUGUCCUUUCAACUGGGCCCUACUAAAAAGUCGCGAUUCUUCGUCUACUGGCUGCCGGCUCAGUACGUGGAGUGCAUCAAGACCAUGGUCAUGCAACAUCGUCUCCUUCACGGAGAUCGACGCACCAGCUUUUAA